GUCUAAUUCCACGUACAACGGCCGUGGCGUUGUCGUAGCAAGGCCGGCAACGCGCAAGGACGAUGCAAGACGACGACCGGACCGAGCAACCCCGCGUCGGCUUUUUCUACCCGACCAACGGCAGCGGAAGUACCUCCAAGCUGCAGAUCCGGUCGCGGCCCAAGCCGGCGCCGUCCAGCAACCAAGUUGCGCGGGCUCAACACGUCCUCGCCCAGGCGACGACGUUCUUCGAGACGGCCAGCUCGGAGGUCUACGCCGUCGACGUGGCCAUGCGCAACGUGCGCGCCGCCAUGGACUCGUUUCAGCUCGUCAUGGAAAAGCAGCUCUAUCUGUGCAACGACUAUGACGGGUUUCGUGUCUCACGGCUCAAGGCCGACAUGCUCGACACGCUCGAAACCAUCAAGAGUGCAAGUACCUCCAUGGAGCAAACGUCGCUUCGGCUGCAAAAAUCGAUUGGCGUCGGGCGAAAGUACAUUGUGUCGCACACGGCGGCGCUCGGGCGACCGAAAAAAGGAAGCGCCGAGACACUGAGCGUGCUCGAGCUGACGCCGACCAACGCGGUCGCGUCGCUCUACGACGUCCUCUUCCCCCCUCAAGUCGUGCCAAGCGUGCCCCCCGAAAACCUUGCGUUUGUGCUCGACAAACUGGCGUUCCGGGGCAAAUCCGUGCUCGAGAAGAAAGAAUUGCUGCUCUUUUACCGCGAAUUGUGCAAUUGGAGUCUUGCCAACAACAGCGUCAUCUCGGCGCUCGACCGUGCGAACCAAAAAAAACACACAACACGCUACGCCACGAUCCUCACGGCAGCGUCAUGGGAAGCGCUUGAAGCCCGCGACGGGGAAGUCCACGAACUCAGUCAUGUGCCGCGGGCUGAAAUCGAGGCAUUUGUGACAUCAAGCGCCUUUCCGACGCUAGUGAAAAGCGUGAGUGACCGACUGGGCACGCCGUCGCCGCCAAAGUCGGCGUCUACGCCGUCCAAAGAGACGUCGUCCGGGCAACUGAGCGCGGCCGAGCAAACGCUGUCGAUGGCCAAGAUGCUGCACGAUCUCGCGACCGCCGAGUCGGAGGCCAAGGCCGGGUACCGGCUCUCGGUGCGGUCGAACGCAGCCCGUUCCAAGGAGUUUUCCAAAGCCUUUCUAUCCGCCUCGAAAGAACUCAUGGAGAAGGAGACGGCUUUUUUUUAGCCCGUCCUCUCGUACGAGUCCUAGUCGUAGGCAUGAUCAAUAGACCGGCUGUGUACGAAUAUGGCGUCUUCCCUCGACGGUGCGAGCGAGAGGUGACGACGGUGUGCACGGAUCGAGAUAUUGCAUGCAACGCGCGCGACGCGAGGCCGUCAAGCGCGUCUGCCUAGCUUGCGCAACGAUAAGCGAG